AUGGACGGAUGGGGUGGUGGCGCCGCCGAGAAAUGGGCAACAAUAUAUUCGAGGAGCCUUCUGAAAGAUCAAGGUGUGGAGAUUGCAACGUGGAGGGACACAACACUACAGGUUGCAGCAGCCAGCAAUCUAGAAAACGAUCAAAGAGGAAUGCGGCAAGCACAAGCCAACAUGGUGGCAGCCAACAAGGUACUGCCCAGCAAGCUCCAAGCCGACAAGGGGUUAGCCAACAAGGUACUGCCCAGCAAGCUCCAAGCCGACAAGGGGUUAGCCAACAAGGUACUGCCCAGCAAGCUCCAAGCCGACAAGGGGUUAGCCAACAAGGUACUGCCCAGCAAGCUCCAAGCCGACAAGGGGUUAGCCAACAAGGAAGUACACGAGAUGGUUGUAGCCAACAAGGUCCUAGCCAAGGAGUUAGCCAACAAGGAAGUACACGAGAUGGUUCUAACCAACAAGGAAGUACCCGAGGGAGAGGUCGCCAACGAGGCACUCGUAGCCAACAAAGAUGGACACGAGGGAGACGUACAUUUCAAGCUCCUAGGCAACAAGCAGUCAACCGGGGUGGUGGCGCCACCUAAGUGGGACGAUGAAGAGGAGGGGGACAAGGGUGAGAGGCCAGGGUGGUGGAAGGCAGCUGAGAUGAAGGUGAAAGAGCAGGAAGCAAGGGAGAGGGAGAUGGAAAGAAUUAGGAAGCACAAUGAGGAAGUUCAAAAGAAUUCUCGAAUGAGAUUUGAGGCACACAUGUACAGUUGGAACCAGGAAAUUUGGUUGAAGCAACAAGCUGAGCUUAGGAAGAAAGAACAAGUAAGGAAAUUAACUGAGUCAUGGGAAAGGUCUGAGAAAGAAGCCGCCAAGAAGAGGGAGAGGGAGGAGAAGGAAUGGAAGGAGAAGCUAGUUCAUGAGGCUAGUCGCGAAAUGGCACUCGAGGAGGAAGCAGAGCUCAAGGAGAGGAAGAGGAAGGGAAAGGGUCCUUGUUCGACCCAAUAG